AUGGCAUUCAACUUACCUACCCACAGAUUCAGCGCUUUCAGGCCACGGUACAAUCUGUAUAGUAGGCCACCACCACAUUCCCUCAGGGAAUCCUUGAAGGCAUACGAAAUACAAGAGAUAGAAUGGAGUAUCAAGGCGUUGAUGGGAUCUGCCAUGGAUCUCUACCUGCCCAUCGCCGCAGGUAGUAGCACGUAUGGCUGCGUGGACACCGCUAUGGAAAAUGAUGAAGAAGUUGAACUUCUGAGCAUAGUUUCAGUAACAAAUAUCUGGGGUGAUGCUGCAUGGUCUCGGUACCAGUCGCCGAAGAAGAAAAAACUCGUUCGCGGCCUGCACAAAGGCAUAAAUAAGUACAUCGAUCGCCACUGCAAGAAGCAUGCGAAAACCGACCGUUUACGCGAGCGCAUGUACAUCGCGCUCCAAGCUGCACUGGUUGAUGUGGAUAUUGACGAUAUCAUGCUCGCUAAGAAACGGGCAGAGCAAUCUCAGAACGACCUCAUCCCACCUGCAGUAGCGGAAUGCAUUUUCAACAGAGUCCACAAUUUUGUCUCCAAGAGAGUUAGACGCAGCUUCUUAUUCCUGGGAGCUGCACCGACCAUGAAAUUAUCAGCGUCAAGCGCUAUGUACAAUCAAACCACAAUGCCCGGACACUUUGCCGACUGA